AUGGAAGACACUGCAAGCCCCCCUAGCUCAAAAAGUGAUUGCAGCCCUCACGGCACACACAGCAGCCACCACUCCUCAAGAAGCGGCAGCCGACAUAGCGAAUAUUCUUGCUAUGGACGUAGUCGUUCACGACACUCGACUCGCAGUCGCUCUCGUUCCCGUUCCCGAAGUCGCUCUGCCUACACGGACUCUGGGUCGUUUUCGAGGUCUCGUUCAUACCGUUCCAGGUCUUGGUAUGGUUCCAGAUCACCGUCUGGCCGUUACAGCUCCAGAUCCAGGUCACAUACUCGCUCCAGAUCUCGUUCUCACUCUCGUGGAACUCGACGCUCUUAUUUACCCAGACGGACCAGUAGCCGGUCUCAUCCAUCGGAGCGAUCCCGUUCGAGGACCCAUUCAUCGUCGUCCCCUGCCUCUUUAUCUUUCGGCACAGUGCUUAGCAAAGAUCCUCGAGAUAGAUCCAAACGAAUCACUUGGAAAAAUAGCAUCUGGUUGAUAGGCGAGAAGGCUAAAGAUGUCUCGUUCCACUUUUGUGAUGUUUGUGAUCUACCAAUUGUGAUUUACGGGCGUUUGCUUCCCUGUAAGCACGUUCUGUGUUACACAUGCGCCAUGAGCUCUCCCACUAAAUGCACCAGAUGUCAGAAGCCUGUUCAGACAAUCGAACGCUGUUUAGUCGGUGGUAUAUUCAUGUGUUUUGAAAGUGACAAGUGUCAUCGGACAUAUCUUAGCCAGCGCGACCUUCAGGCCCACAUUGACCAUCGUCAUAAGGGAGGAAUAUUGACAGUGGCCACUUUAGAUUCUGCAUCAAUCCCAUUCGACGUGUCGGAGAAACAAGCGACGGUCGAAGUUGGCGCUGGCGAUAUACAGUUCCGUGGAGGAAGUCAGCCAACUCAAGGGCCAGUAUCUAAAGAUUCUGUACCAACGCCUCGGCGUCCACAGCGGUCAACCGGUCCUUCUGUGCUGACAACUAUUUCCUCUUCCGGUCCUACUAUUGGAUUCACCAGUGUCAAUAAAGCUUCUGGCCUGCUCCCCCUUCCAAAACCAAAUUCAGCUCGCCCACCAUCUUUGACGCAAUUUCGGCAACUAUUGUCAUUUAACACUCCUCCGCCUCCUAUCGGGCCACCUUCAAUCCCACUUCCCUCAGUUGUGAAUGCAUCCAUACCGCCACCCUCGGUCCCACCGCCUAACCCAUUGAAUCAGCCUUUCAGCGCAGCUAAUGCUGUGGCUGCGCUAGCGGCUGCUACGGCAGCAGCCCUGAACACCCACUCAACAGGGCAAUCUGGAGUACGUAUUCAACCCGAAUCUUUGCUAUCAUCAAGUCAAACCGGUAUAAACUCUACAGGAGCGUUACAUUCCCUUAUCAGGCCACGUUAUUCGCAUGUUGGCCUGGAUUUGGCUGCUAUAUCCAACGCGCUCGCUGGUAGAACCCCUUCAUGGAGCCAAGCAAUCAGAGCGGCUCACAAAUUAGGAUCCAUCAGAGCUUCGAACGUUGGAAUCGGUACGUCUCCUGCUCCAACACCAAAUACUUCCAGCGGUUCAGUCAACAUUAGGAAAUUUCCUUUUGGAUAA